GCGCGGUAAUUGCCCCGAGAGGAGAGGCGGGGCGAACCGCCGGCUGCCCGCCCUCGCUCGCUGCUGCUCCCCCCGCGGCCGCCUCUCCUCCCCGGCCUCCCUGAUGCCGAGGAAUGGAUAGAGCGGCUGCCCUGCGAGCCGCCGGCAUGCUGGAGAGGAAGGAGCGGAGCGGCGAGGCGGCGGGCGCGGGGCCCCGGGCGGCGCGGGGCUUGCCGGCCGUGCGGAGCACGCUGCAGCAGUGCGGGCUGCUGCAGGACCUCAUCGACAUCUCGCUCUCCAACCUGCGCGGGCUCCGCACCAAGUGCGCCGCGUCCAACGACCUCACGCAGCAGGAGAUCCGCACCCUGGAGGUGAAGCUGAUCGACUACAUCCACAGGCAGCGGCAGUGCAAGCUGAGCGUGCCCCUGACCGACCGCACCGCGGAGCUCAACAGCUACCCGAGGUUCCACGACUGGCUGGACAUCGUCAACGUGAGGAAGGAGGUUGUGCAGAGAAUACCAGAGGAGCUAACCUUAGAUGCCUUACUGGAAAUGAACGAGUCCAAGGUGAAGGAGACGCUGAAGCGCUGCGGGGCCCGAGACGAGGAGUGUUCGCGGCUCAACGGGGCGCUGAGCUGCCUGCGCAAGGCGACCGAGUCCGGAGGGGAGUUAAAGGACGACGUGCUGGUGAAUCUUGCUGAGGCGCGACGAGAGAGCAGCUCGAGCACCGCGGCAGAGCCGCCCUGCCCCUCGGCGUCCCCGGGGGCCCCCGCUGCCGUGCCCCCCCGGGGCAGCAGCCCCCAGCCGCGCUGCGGCGCCGCAGCCACAGACUCUCCUGCCCCCGCUCACGGACCUUCCAUCUAUGCAGAAAACCUCCUGGACCCCUUUGCGCACAGCGGCAGGUUAACCCCCCGGCCUCCCCACAGCGUCACCGUCACCCCGCCAUCCACUCCUCAAGCCAAGCGGCGGCACAAGCUGAAGCCCCCCCGGACUCCUCCUCCCCCCUGCCGCAAGGUUUUCCAGCUGCUCCCCAACUUCCCGGCCCUCACCAGGAGCAAGUCCCACGAAUCACAGCUGGGAAACAGGAUAGACGAAGUUCCUCCAGUAAAGUUCGAGCUCUCCCAGGGAUCCCCCCAAACGGUACGAAGAGACUUUGGGCUGGCCGUCACCCACAGGUUCUCUACCAAGUCUUGGUUAUCCCAGAUUUGCCAAGUCUGUCAGAAAAGCAUGAUGUUCGGGGUGAAGUGUAAGUACUGCAGAUUAAAAUGUCACAACAAGUGUACUAAAGAGGCACCUGCUUGUAGAAUAUCCUUCCUUCCCAUAGCAAAAAUAAGAAGAACAGAGUCUGUCCCUUCUGAUAUCAAUAACCCAGUGGACAGACCAACAGAACCCCAGUUUGGAACCCUUCCCAAAGCACUAACUAAAAAGGAGCAUCCGCCAGCAAUAAAUCACCUGGACUCCAGCAGUAAUCCUUCUUCCACCACCUCCUCUACGCCGUCUUCUCCAGCACCUUUCCAGUCUUCCAACCCUCCCAGUGCAACUCCCCCCCCAAACCCGUCUCCUAUGGGCCCGCGGGACGGGCGGUUCAACUUCCCAGCUGCCUACUACAUUCAGCAUAGACAACAAUUUAUCUUCCCAGAAAUUCCCAGUCCUGCACAAACAGCACAUCCUCCGGAACCAGCUGCAGACACUAAUGCCGAUCAGCAGCCGGACACGGAUGGAGCUGACUGUGAAGCAGAGGUGGAAGAACCAGAGGCUAAUAAAUCAGAACCCGAAGAUGAUGAGGAUGAGGUGGAAGAUUUGCCAAACAGGCGGCCACACUUGCAAGGGAUGAUUUACCGCAAACCCAGCCAGACCAGCGUGUACCUGCAGGAGUGGGACAUCCCCUUCGAGCAGGUGGAGCUGGGGGAGCCCAUCGGGCAGGGCCGCUGGGGGAAGGUGUACAAGGGCCGCUGGCACGGGGAGGUGGCCAUCCGGCUGCUGGAGAUCGACGGCAACAACCAGGACCACCUCAAGCUCUUCAAAAAGGAGGUGAUGAACUACAGGCAGACCCGGCACGAGAACGUCGUCCUUUUCAUGGGAGCGUGCAUGAACCCGCCUCACCUGGCCAUCAUCACCAGCUUCUGCAAAGGAAGGACACUCCACUCGUUUGUACGGGACCCCAAGAUAUCCCUGGAUAUUAACAAAACCAGGCAGAUAGCGCAGGAGAUCAUUAAGGGCAUGGGGUAUCUUCACGCCAAGGGGAUCGUACAUAAGGAUCUGAAAGCCAAGAAUGUUUUCUAUGACAACGGGAAGGUUGUGAUCACAGACUUUGGAUUAUUUGGAAUUUCGGGUGUGGUUCGGGAAGGAAGGAGGGAGAAUGAACUGAAGCUGCCCCACGACUGGCUGUGCUACCUGGCCCCUGAGAUUGUCCGUGAGAUGGCGCCGGGGAAGGACGAGGACAAGCUGCCUUUCUCCAAAGCUGCCGAUAUUUAUGCCUUUGGGACCGUGUGGUAUGAGCUGCAAGCAAGAGAAUGGCCCUUCAAGAACCAGCCCGCGGAGGCGCUCAUCUGGCAGAUCGGCAGCGGCGAGGGGGUGAAACAAGUGCUUGCGACUGUCAGCUUGGGGAAAGAAGUCAAUGAAAUUCUGUCAGCGUGCUGGUCGUUCAAUCGCAGUGACAGACCCAGCUUCACCGUCCUCAUGGACAUGCUUGAGAAACUGCCAAAACUGAACCGGCGGCUCUCCCACCCGGGGCAUUUCUGGAAGUCUGCUGACAUUAACAGUAGCAAAGUUGUCCUGCGUUUUGAAAGGUUUGGCUUGGGAAUCCUGGAACCGAGCAACCAAAAGAUCUAGCCCGGGCUGUAGUUCUUGUGCUCAGCACACGUGGCGUCCGACGUCUCCCGGCUCCGGAACGGGCAGCUCCGCCAGCGCGGCGCGCAGCCCGCGGCGUUCGCGAGCUCUGGAUUCCGCCCGGGCACCAGCGGUUCUUUAAACAACGUUUACAUGAUACUUCUGUGUGAACUAUAUUUUUUAAACAUAAUAAACAGUGAACCAAGUUGAGCUACA